UGGUGGGGUGAGGGAAAUGUUCAAGUUUUGAAUCUAUUUUCCCUCUCAAGGAAGAGGGGCUUUUGAUUUGUCUCAGCAUUGAACGCCACCCAAGUGUUCGUUGAAAUGCCGCAAAAGAAAGAUGCCACAAUCACCCACCAACUUCGAAGGUCUUCAAGAUUCCUUCAAGAAAACAACGAUCAGCUUCCCCCAACAACUCCUCGAAGGUCUCCUAGGUUCCUCAGCCACAACCCCACAACACCUAUCGCUUCUAAGCUCAAAGAUUCUUCAAAGAAACCUUCCAAUCAGAGAAAACCAAUUGAAUAUUGCUCCCGAAACACCAGAGGUUGUACCACUCUGUUGAGAAGAUCUCCCAGAUUCGUCGAAGGGGAAGUCUCUACUGCGACGCAGCAAAACGACGGGAAAGAGAGCAGAAACGACAAACCCUCGGUGUCCGAGGCGAAGGUGGAGAAAAAACAUGUGGUUUGCGGUAUUGCGAGUGUGGAAGUUUCUGAUGUAAGGAAGAAUGAAGGUGGAGAGAAGGCAAAGAGGAAGAAGAGAAAGCGUGGCAAAGAGACAGCGGAAGGGUGGUCCAAGGAACAAGAAUUGGCACUGCAAAGAGCAUUCUUUUCUGUGAAACCAAGCCCCCAUUUUUGGAAAAACGUUUCUAAAAUGGUGCCAGGAAAGUCUCAACAAGAUUGCUUUGAUAGAAUUCAUGGUGACCACAUGACGCCGCCUCAAUUGCAUCCUCGAUCAAGGGCAAGGACAGUUAAAUCAUCGCCCAUUCAACAAUUCUCAAUCUCUGCUAGUGAACUGCUCAAACCCACUGAUAAGAAGGUUAGAAGACCAAAUAUUCUCAAACUAAAGAACUGCAUAACCCAGAAGUCUGUUGAGAAGCUGUUACAGCACCGUCUUCAAGUCGAUCAAGGCCGCAGAGGGGACAUAUUUUCCAUUCUUGAACCAAACAUUGAUUUUUCUUCCAAUGCUUCUCAGCCUAGUGCAGCACUUUCUACUCCAACGAAACAAAAGGAAAACCAAGUGUUGCUGCAAAGUUGCACUGAGACAUCAUCUUCAAGCCAUAAGAAGAAGCAGUCCCUUUCAAGAUUUAGCGGCUCCCACGUUACAAAUCUUGUUAGCCCCCCUGUGCUAAAGCAAGUGAAGAACAAGGGAAUGCAUGAGAAAUACAUCAAUCAACUACGUUGUAGGGAAGCAAGGAGAAUAGCAAAUUCUGCAAGAUUACCAAUCCCUGUACCUGGAAAAAUAAUUCAGAAAGGGGAUGUGGUUAAAGCUGCAAAAGUUGCCUUGGCUUCUGAAGCUAGAGAUGCCAUCAACAAAUUUCAACAGUCCCAAGUCAAUUUCAUGGACAACACCUUUUUUUCUGAUGAGGAAAACAUUGACGACAAUGUAUAGUAGCCAUUUGACAUCUAGUUUUAGACUUUGUAGCCUAGUAGUCAAAAUCAUUUUUCCUGUGAUUUUUCUUUUCUGUAGAUACAACACUGCUGUUGUUAUUGUUGUUGUAGUUAAUGAUAAAGGAACAAUCCCUUUUCUCAAUAACAUUCAGGCAAUGAGAUCUAUUGCUUUGUAUUCUGUUAUCAUUUUUGGUACCAAGCUUUCGUGACAAGAACUCAUACCAGGAUGAAUUCUAUUUCAACUAAUACCAGGGUUAGGCUUUGUAUCCAACCUCUUUGUUCUUGUUGUUUAUGUAAUGCUAGGAAAAUAUAACUAGUAAAAAUAAUAAUGAUAGAGAACAGCCAAAAGCACACACUUCCAUGGCUACCAUUGCAUGAUGGUCUGAUUUGCUUUCUGUUUGUUGAUAAGUAGCAGUUUUCUUUUAAGUCACGGACUCUGUCUCAUUAUUCUUGAUUUGUACUACUUGAAAUAGUAGAUUUUUGGAUAGUCACAAAUUUUACACCUCAUUCAAGCGCACUAAACAAUAAAAUAAUACAAAAUUUUACUACCUACAAAUUUUCAUUGCAAUUAAACUUAGGUUCAGAACCUUGCAAUUAUUGAGAAAUCAUGAAGCAGCAGAAAACCAACUAAGUGAACCAGGUAUUCACACUAUAAUAUAAAUGCUUCUUAUGCUAUUCAAUUACCAACAUCACCACCUCCUAUGCUAGAAAUUACAUAUCUGAAAAUCUGACAGAAACAAGAAUCUUAUUAAUUAGUAUUUGCAUGAUAUCAUCCCAUUGUUCUUGCUUGGCCGGCACUGCAUGUUACAGAAUGACAUUGACAUGCAAUUAUUUGUUUAGAAAACAAGACGAGAUUUUUAAAGCAGCCGCAAAUUCAGGACCUUGAUGGCACUUAUAGGUUUGGCAAAAAUUCCUCCUUCAUCAUAAAUUGCUACUAAAAAA